AAAGAAAUCCCAAGAAAACCAAAAGUAUUAGUAGGAGGAGAGAAAACAGAACAGACAAAGUAAAAAUACCAUAUUUUGCAGCAGGAAUAUGCAAAUAAAGAUGUUGUGGAAGAUCUCUAUAGGAGAAGUACCAGUAAUAGUUUCUUUCUCUCUCUCAUUCUUCAAAAUACCACCAAAGGAACCCACUGAAGCAAAAUAAUCAUCAUGAAACUCCCUCUCUACCCAGCACUCUCAAAAAGCUUCUCUCACCAUCAAAACCUUCCUUCCCUUAAAUCUACCUCUGUUAACACAACAUCUUUCUCAAGCAAGAUCAAAAAAUCCCCACAACCAUGAAACCUCCUUUUCUGUUCUUCUUCUUCUUGUUCUUCUGCUACUUGCACCAAACAUGCAUACUUGUCUCAGCUAUUUCUCUACCUCCCCCACUUUAUUCUCUGCUUUCCCUCAAGUCCUCCUUGAAAGACCCACUCUCAACCUUCCAUGAUUGGGACCCAACCCCAGCCUACUCCCACCCUGAAUCCCAAGACCCAAUUUGGUGUUCAUGGUCUGGCAUCAAAUGCAACCCAAAAACAGCUCAAGUUACAUCCCUUGAUCUCUCUAACCGCAAUCUUUCAGGUGUUAUUCCUGUGGAAAUUCAAUACUUGUCACCAAGCUUAGUACACCUCAAUUUGAGCAGAAAUGCCUUUGAUGGGCUACUCCAACCUGCCAUUUUUAAACUAACUCAGCUUAGGAUCCUUGAUAUUAGUCAUAACAACUUCAACUCAACAUUUCCACCCGGGAUAUCCAAGCUUAGGUUCUUAACAGUCUUCAAUGCGUACAGUAACAACUUCAUUGGUCCGUUACCGGAGGAGUUUGCCAAGUUACGGUUCCUGGAGCAACUCAAUCUGGCAGGAAGCUACUUUGAUGGAGAUAUUCCAGCGAGUUAUGGAAAUAUACCCAGGUUGAAGUUCCUCUUCUUGGCAGGAAACCAAUUGGCAGGGCGCCUGCCACCUCAAUUAGGAUUCUUGACAGACCUUGAGCAUAUGGAGAUUGGGUACAAUCAUUUUUCAGGAAGAAUACCUGUGGAAUUCGCAUUGUUAUCAAAUCUUAAGUACUUGGACAUCGCGAAUUGCACUCUCUCUGGUACUCUGCCGCCGGAGCUUAGAAACUUGACGAUGCUUGAGCACUUGUUGCUCUUCAAGAACCAAAUUACAGGCGAAAUUCCGGUGAGUUACACAAAUUUGAAAGCUCUCAAAGCUCUGGAUUUAUCAGAUAAUGGUCUUUCGGGUACAAUUCCAGAAGGAAUUGGUUCUUUGACAGAGAUAUUUGAAAUUAGCCUAAUGAACAACAAUUUAACGGGAGAGGUACCGGACGGAAUCGGCAAUUUGAGUAACCUCACCACCUUACAUCUCUGGAACAAUUCGCUGGCCGGAAUCCUCCCUCAAAAGCUCGGUUCCAAUGGGAAGUUGCAGCUGGUCGAUUUGUCGUCUAACUCUCUCACCGGACCGAUUCCUCCGAAUCUCUGCCUCGGAAAUCAACUCUACAAGCUCAUACUCUUCUCCAACAGUUUUAAUGGGAGCCUUCCUGAGUCGCUAACAAGCUGCACUUCCCUCACGAGGUUUCGGAUACAAAAUAACCAGCUUAACGGAUUCAUCCCCGACGGGUUCGGACUCUUACCAAACCUAUCCUUCGUGGACCUCAGCAAGAACAACUUCACCGGUCCAAUUCCUCAAGACCUCGGCAAUGCACCGCGGCUCCAGUUCUUGAACGUCUCGGAGAAUAGUUUCGAGACGAAUUUGCCUGACAACAUAUGGAAAGCGCCGAAUCUGCAGAUUUUCUCAGCGAGUUCGAGCAAACUCAUCGGCGAAAUCCCGGACUUCGUCGGUUGUAGCAGCGUGUACAAGAUCGAAUUGCAAGGAAACUCGUUGAAUGGUACCAUUCCCUGGGACAUCGGCCACUGCGAGAAGCUUCUGUCACUGGAUUUUAGCCGCAAUUCUCUUUCAGGUAUAAUUCCGUGGGAGAUAUCAACGCUUACGUCGAUCACCGACGUGGACCUCUCGCACAAUCUCUUGAGCGGUUCAAUUCCGUCCAAUUUUGGAAACUGUAGCACAAUAGAAAACUUCAAUGUGGCUUACAAUAUGUUAACGGGACCGAUCCCUUCCGAAGGUGCGAUAUUCCCGAACCUGCACCCGUCCUCUUUUUCUGGAAACGAGGGGCUAUGUGGCGGACUCUUGUCAAAGCCGUGUGCGGCGCCGGGCACUCUUUCUGCCGGCGACGUUGAGGUCCCCCGAAAACAGCAACCAAAGAGAACGGCCGGCGCGAUAGUUUGGAUCACAGCGGCAGCAUUUGGCAUCGGACUCUUCGUGUUAGUAGCCGGAACACGGUGUUUCCACGCGAACUAUAGCCGUCGGUUCAGCGACGACCACGAGAUCGGGCCGUGGAAGCUUACCGCCUUUCAACGGUUAAACUUCAGUGCCGAUGAUGUGCUGGAAUGUCUAUCGAUGACGGACAAGAUCCUAGGGAUGGGUUCCACUGGUACAGUGUACAAGGCAGAGAUGCCAGGUGGCGAGAUCAUAGCGGUGAAGAAGCUGUGGAGCAAGCACAAAGAGAAUAUCAGACGGAGGAGAGGGGUUUUAGCUGAAGUGGAGGUGUUAGGAAACGUGAGGCAUAGGAACAUAGUGAGAUUGUUAGGGUGUUGCAGCAACAGGGAGUGCACAAUGCUGCUCUACGAAUACAUGCCCAAUGGGAACUUGGAUGAUUUAUUGCAUGGGAAGAACAAAGGAGAUAAUCUGGUGGCUGAUUGGGUCACAAGGUAUAAGAUUGCACUAGGCGUGGCACAGGGGAUUUGCUACCUCCACCAUGACUGUGAUCCGGUGAUCGUCCACCGCGACCUCAAACCCAGUAAUAUACUAAUGGACGGUGAGAUGGAGGCCAGAGUGGCGGAUUUCGGGGUGGCAAAGUUGAUCCAGAGCGAUGAGUCCAUGUCAGUCAUUGCCGGCUCAUACGGCUACAUUGCGCCAGAGUAUGCUUACACAUUACAAGUGGACGAGAAGAGUGACAUAUACAGCUACGGGGUGGUGUUAAUGGAGAUUAUCAGCGGAAAAAGAUCGGUCGAUGCAGAAUUCGGUGACGGUAACAGCAUUGUUGAUUGGGUUAAGAUUAAAAUCAAGAGUAAGGAUGGAGUUGUUGAUGUUUUGGACAAGAAUGCUGGGGCGUGGUGCGCGUCGGUGAGGGAGGAGAUGAUGCAGAUGCUUAGGAUUGCAUUGCUAUGCACAAGCAGAAACCCUGCAGAGCGUCCCUCUAUGAGGGACGUUGUGUUAAUGCUGCAAGAAGCCAAACCCCACAGAAAAUUGCCCGGUUCUGCGGCUGCAAUUGUCAAUAUUGACAAUGUGGUUGGUGGUGGUGGUGAUGUUUUGGCACAAAAGGCCACAGUGGGAUGUUAAUAUGAUUAUUUUCUUAAGUCUUUUUCUUUUUCUUUUAUGUUUAAAAAUGUUGGGGAUUGGUAUAGGAGAAGCGACUCUUUUCUUUUUUUUAAAUUUAAAUUUCAAUAUUCAAGUGUCUUUCUUAUGCUCUUUGAUGUUAUAUUUACUAUGGACGGAUUUAGGGAUCUACAAUUCCUCAAUAGUUAUGGAGUCUAAAAUUAUAUAUUUAACGG